AUGAAUUACCUGAGAAACAGAAAAAAUAAGGAAAAUGAUAAUAAAGAGGGAUCUGAUCCCCAGACAAAUGCAAAUAAGGGAAAAAAUAAUAAAACAAAGACAAGUUGGGGUUGUAAAUAUUUAGUAGAUGAACAUAUACGAACUAAAUGUAAAUAUUCUAUUUUGAUGGGGUUAUUUAUUGUAUUUUUAAUUUUUAUUGGAUUUUUUCAAAAAUGCUUAGAAUUUUAUCACACACAUUUUUAUAAGUUCAAAUAUAUUGACGUAUCUGAUACAGAAAAAUUAAAAGAAGUAUUCUUUAGCAAUAAACCUUAUUUAGUUUAUUGCAAAAAUGACAAAAAGGAAGUUAUACACCCUGUUAUUAAUAAUAGUAUAUCAAGUUUUCCAUCUAUUUUAAAUGUAGCCAUAACCAAUUGUAAAAGUUUAUUACCUAGUAAACAAAAUGUUUAUCAACGUUUUAAUUUAAGUGAUAAUACAAAGGCUUUUAUAGUAUGUUAUGGAAGAAAACCAAAACCUAUUACUGAUGCUAUAUUAAAUAAUAGAAAAAAAUUUAUAGCAUUUGUGCAUGAAUCACUAGUAUUUGGGGUACCAUUUUUUAGUAAAUUCCCACAAUUUCAAACAAAAUGCCUAAACAAAAAUAAGAAAUGUGUUUUAUUUAUUAGUAGUGUAAAUUUAACUACCAAAAGUGUUAAAUAUAAUUAUAUUAAUGAUAUAUUUGUUAAUAAUAAAUAUUUUGGUAUUAAUUCUCUGAUAGUUGAUAAUAGAAAAUUCUUAGUUAAAUUAAGUGAUGAAGUAUUUAAUUCUUAUUCGAAAAAAAAAGAUAUUCAUGUUUUAUGUCUUUUUAAUAAUAGUACUGAUGAUACUAAUGAAUAUUAUGGAUAUUUUUAUAAAGAUGAAUUUGAUAAUUUUAAAAAAAUAUCCUCUUUUAUAUCGGGCUGUAUAAAGGCUACUCCUACGAGUCGUGAAACAAUUAAAUUGUCAUCAACUCCACAAAUUAAAUACCGAACUAGUAAAAAGAAAUGA